AUUGUAAGAGAAGAAGAAGGAGGAGAAGACGAGAAGAAGAGGAAGCAGCCAACCUCUUUGAUCAUAUGACGUGAAUUGUCAUUAGCAGUACGUUAUUUACAAUGGCGGCGUCUGUCUUCCACAGAGUGAGAACAGGGUCCAAACUUGGCGUUCAGUACAAUGAGGAAGGCCAGCUGAUUCAGGUGGAGAGCAGGGAGGAUGAGGAGCAGAGCGUGAAGCUGGCGGAAAUCCUGGAACUGUUGUUGGCUGCGGGAUACUUCCGGGCCCGCAUCAAAGGCCUGUCCCCGUUUGAUAAGGUUGUUGGUGGAAUGACCUGGUGCAUAACCACGUGUAACUUCGACAUAGACGUAGAUCUGCUAUUCCAAGAGAACUCCACCAUUGGUCAGAAAAUAGCCCUGACAGAGAAAAUAGUUUCUGUUUUGCCAAAAAUGAAGUGUCCUCAUCGCCUUGAACCCCAUCAGAUACAAGGCUUAGAUUUUAUUCAUAUUUUCCCAGUGAUCCAGUGGUUGGUGAAGCGAGCCAUAGAGACCAGAGAAGAGAUGGGAGAUUAUGUGAGAGCAUUUUCCAUUUCUCAGUUCAAGAAGAGCCACACCUUCCCUGAGGAUAAAGAAUUUCUCCAGAGAAAAGACAAAGCUGUAAAAGCAGUUCUGGAUGUACUGGAGGUGUACAAACCUGAGAGAAAGUACCGAAGGCAGAGGGAGGCAGGGAUCCUCCUGGAUGAGGAAUCCAGGGUCCACUCCACUCUGCUUGAAUAUGGCAGGCGUUAUGGCCUCAGUAAGCCGAGUAAACAAAACAAGGAAGAUGACGGGAAGGUCUGUGGGUCUCAGACGAAGCCUGCUGGGAUUGCAGAGGCUAUGGAGGAAGAAAAGCUGCAAGCAGUCGAAGAGAUGCGGAUUAAAAACCUGAUGACCAGUAUGGCUGCCAUGGCAACUGGAGAGGGGAAGCUGACUGCAAGUGCUGUGGGUCAGAUAGUUGAGCUCCAGUCCAAGGAGAUCAAGCUGAUUGCUUCUGAGUAUGCUGAAAAGCAGUUGGAGCUUUCUUUAGAGGAGCGCUCAGAGCGAUAUGGUCCAUUGCAGCAGCACCGCCGGGCCGUUGCCUCAUUGAACAAACAGAUCCAACAAAAGAUUGAGCAGCUGGAAGAGCUGAAAGCCAACCAUGCUCAGGUGAUAGCCCACAAUGAAGAGGCAAAGAGGAGUCUCAUGGAGGCUAAAGAACACUCAUUAAAACUGGAGAGGGAGAUGAAGUCAUUAGAAGAGAUGGAGAAACAAGCGGACAGUGGCCUGCUAGAGAACCUCAGGGCUUUGGUGAUGAUGAAUGAGAAUCUAAGGCAGCAGGAGCUGCAGUUCCGCACACACUGCAGGGAAGAGAUGUCCCGUCUGCAGCAGAAUAUUGAAGAGCUGAAGUCAACUUCAGGACAGGACACAGAGGAGGAGCAGGAGAGAAGCAAGUUAAUAGACCAUCAGUACAACUCAGACCGAGAGAAACUGCAGAAGAUCCGACUGCUUAUGGCUCGCAGGAACCGCGAGAUUGCAAUCCUGCAGAGGAAGAUUGAUGAGGUGCCUAGCCGGGCUGAGCUGACACAGUACCAAAAAAGAUUUAUUGAACUCUACAGCCAAGUUUCUGCUACACACAAGGAGACCAAGCAGUUCUUCACACUGUAUAACACCUUAGAUGAUAAAAAGGUCUAUCUUGAGAAGGAGGUUAAUCUGCUGAAUUCAAUCCAUGACAACUUUCAACAAGCUAUGUCAUCUGCCGCAGCCAAAGACCAGUUUCUUAGACAGAUGGAGCAGAUAGUGGAGGGUAUCAAACAGAGUCGCAUGAAGAUGGAAAAAAAGAAGCAGGAAAACAAAAUGAGAAGAGAUCAGUUGAAUGAUGAGUACCUGGAGCUGCUCGACAAGCAGAGACUUUACUUUAAAACUGUCAAAGAUUUUAAAGAGGAGUGCCGCAAAAAUGAGAUGCUGCUGUCUAAGCUGAGGGCUAAAGGAGCCUCCUAACUCACCUCUACCUCCUGGCUCUGGAUUCUGUUUAGCCAGCCUGAACAGGAACUGAAUACACGUGGGAUCGUUAUCAGGGUUAUUUUGGACAAAGACACAGCUCCAACCUCAGCCUCAACAGGGGCCUGUUAGAUCACUUCAUAGAGAUCUGGUUCAUUUAGUUUUUGAACUUUUUAUAAGGUUGGAGCUAUAGGAAUAGAAAUAUGUGGAUAUGAUUGGUCAAUAUCUGCCUAGAUGACCUCCAUUGUAUCUGCUGCUUAAAAUAUCCCUUAUUAAUCCUUUCAAUAAAAUAUACAGACUACACCUCUAGUAGUUUCAUGUAGAAAAGGUAUUUAAAUUAAAUGAAAAUGGUUUGUAUUUUGGUCUAUGUUGUUAAAAUUUGUUGAAAUAGAGAGAUGAUGGCAUUUGGUGUGUUCAUAAUAUCAUUAAUCUCUAAUUUAUGCUUACACAAGUUAUUUUCAGUACAUGUAAGUCAAAUGCUGAGAUCUUAUUAACAUGUUUUUAUUUUAUUUAUGUUGCAAGCUUUCCAAAAAUCUGAUCAACAUUAAUAAUAUAAAUGUUUAUUUUUUGAUAACCUUUUUCUGCUUUACUACUGUUUAUCCAAGAAACGACCAACAUUGUUCCAGUCAAAAUCAUGAAAGCAUUUUACAGUUUGUCCUUCUUUACUGAGCAUGUAAGCCAUUAAAGUCUUUCUACACCUAUAUUAGAUAUUUUCUAUGGAGAAGAACAUGUUAACUUGAGUGGUUUGUUUCUAGACCUUCAUCUUUUUUGCUUUUGUCUAUCUUAGUUAUUAAGGACUGUAUAAAAGAAAUACCAUAUUUUGCUAAGUUAAUUUUAUAUAAUUUAGCAUAAUAUCAGACAAGUAAAAUGGUAAACAGUUUUCAGGUAGAUUUGAGCUUAAAUACUGUAACAAAAUUACAAUUCCGAUUGUGGACAGUGAGUUAAUUAAUCGUAAUAUAACUAUAUGCACCAAGGAGGACACUAGGGUGAAAGAAACGUCUGGCUUUAUGUCAAAAACCUUUCUAGAGAUCCUCACUCCUCCUGAUUCAUGAGCGUUUGGUUGAUUCACAAUCUGUGUAUGACUUUUAGAAAAAAAAAAAAACUUACUUUUUUUCCUCUACAUAAAUCCUCUCUGUAGAACUAUGACUUUUCACCUGUAGCUCUGAAU